AUGCCCGAGAACCUCUUCCUAGGCGUCGGAAGCGACGAAGCAAUCGACGCCCUCCUGCGCUCCUUCUGCGUCCCGGGACGGGAUAAGAUCCUCGUCUGCCCGCCUACAUACGGGAUGUACACCGUCUCCGCACACACCAACGACGUCUCCCUCGUCUCCAUCCCGCUCCUCCCCGCGCCAACAUUCGGCCCCGACGUCCCCGCCCUCUCCGCCGCGCUCGCCGCAGACCCGACAAUCAAGAUCCUCUACCUCUGCUCCCCCGGCAACCCCACCGGAUCCCUCAUCCCCCCGGCGGAUAUCAUCGGGUUACUCAACCACAAGACAUACAACGGUAUCAUAGUAGUAGACGAAGCCUACAUCGAUUUCGCACCCCCAUCCUCCUCCGCCGCGCCGCUGGUCACUGCUUAUCCGAACCUCGUGGUCCUGCAAACCCUCUCCAAAGCCUUCGGACUCGCGGGCGUAAGACUCGGAGCCGCGUUUGCGGCCAAGGAGGUAGCGGGGUUAAUGAACGCCCUGAAAGCACCAUAUAACAUCAGCACGCCCACCAGCAUCCUCGCCUCCGCCGCCUUGUCGAAGGAGGGGAUCGCCGAAAUGGAAUCCUCGCGCGCGCAAAUCGUUAAGCAGCGCGAACGGCUCGUUGCUGCUCUCCCAUCGAUCAAGGGGGUUGGAAGGCUGAGAGGAGGGGAGGCGGCGAAUUUCCUGCUGUUUGAGAUAUUGAAUCAGAAGGGGGAGCCGGAUAAUAAGGUCGCGAAGGGCGUUUAUGAGAAGCUUGCGGUGGGGAGGGGAGUUGUGGUGAGGUUUAGAGGAACGGAAUUUGGGUGUCUUGGGUGUCUAAGAGUGACGGUUGGGACGGAGGAGGAGGUGAGUAGGUUUUUGAGUGAGAUUGGGAAGGUGGUUGAGGAGGUGUGGGGGGAGGUUGGUGCGUGA